AUGAACCGCUUUGUCGCUGCGCUCCGUCCGCUGUCCCGCGCCGCGGGCCGUGCAGCGUUUCUCCCGCGCGUGUCGCACGUGCGUUUCCUCAGCGCACAGACGUUCCUGGACCGCAACGAGGUGAGCGAGCGCGUGCUGAGCGUCGUCAAGAACUUUGAUAAGGUGAAGGCCGACGAGGUCCAAGAAGGCGCCAAGUUCCAGGAGGACCUGGGGCUGGACUCGCUGGACGUCGUGGAGGUGGUGAUGGCCAUGGAGGAGGAGUUCACGAUCGAGAUCCCGGACAACGAGUCGGAGAAGCUGCUCACGCCGGCGCAGGUCAUUGACUACGUUGCCGCGCACCCGAUGGCCAAGUAG